AUGUCCGAGCGAAAAGUUCUCACCAAAUACUACCCACCCGAUUUCGAUCCUUCGAAGAUUGUUAAGUCGCGCGCUCCCAAACAAGUUGGCCCGAAAGUACAGACAGUCCGUUUGAUGGCACCAUUUCCCAUGAAAUGUACGGCUUGUGGAGAAUAUAUCUACAAAGGGCGGAAGUUCAACGCGCGCAAAGAAACUACGGAGGAGAAAUACUUGGCUAUCUCAAUUUACAGGUUUUACAUCAAAUGUACAAGAUGUUCUGGCGAAAUUACUUUCAAGACGGAUCCCAAAAACAUGGAUUAUCAGUGCGAGCGUGGUGCGAAAAGAAACACCGAACCGUGGCGAGUGAAUGGAGGUGGCCUUCAAGAAAGCGAUGAAGAGAGACUGGAUCGUCUGGAAAGAGAAGAACAAGAGCGAGAUGCCAUGCAAGAAUUGGAGGAUAAAACAGCAGAAGCAAAAACAGAAAUGGCUGUUGCCGAUGCAUUGGAUGAAAUCCGCACAAGAAAUGCAAGGAAUGAACGGGUCGGAAAGGAUGGCACUGAGGUCACUGUAACGCGAGAAAAUGUUGACUCGGAACGAGAAAGACAGGAAAGAGAAGACGAAGAGGUUGCUCGAAGGGCGUUCAUGAGGAGACAGGAGGCUAUGGAAGAGAUUAUAGAGGAUGAUGCUGAUGAUGUCGGUGCAGGACCAGCACCAAAGAUUACUAAAGAAGAGACAUUAGCAAUGCCACCUCCCAGCUUCAAACGAGUUGUAAAAAAGAAAAAAGAUCAUGCUGCUGCAUUGGGGAUCAAGAAGAAGCCUUCCCUGGUUUAA